AUGGCUGCGGAGCUUACUUCCACCAAACUCAAUGCCGAGAACCACCUUCUCCUGGACCAGCCUCUUCUUCGGCUCCCGCAUGAACUCGCGAGAAGAAAUUUCAAGUCGGUGCAGCGGAUCGUUGAGCGGGAACGGGAACAUGUCCUCCCCGCGCUGAAAGAAACCGCGAAUGCCUCGCUGUCCAACAGCCAAACGCCUGAUCAGACGCUUGCCGCACUCGAUGCCAUGAUAUCACGCAUGCAGGGCCUGAAGCGAAAGAUGGAGAAUCUGCACCAGGAGGAGCGGCGGAUUCAUGAUCAGUCGAAGAAGCGCAUACAGCAUCUGGAGAGUCUCCACCAAAUCCCCAGCCUGGCCGAUGUCAAAUACGACCAGUGGUCAAGAGUGCGGUUAAACAGGCUGGUCGUGGAUCAUAUGUUGCGUUCGGGAUACACGGAGAGUGCUCAGCAACUAGCCCAGGAGAAAGAUAUCGAGGACCUGGUCGAUCUCAACGUCUUCGUGCAGUGCCAGCGGAUUGCCGAGAGCCUGCGCCGUGGCGGGACCAAGGAUGCCUUGCAGUGGUGCAGCGAAAAUAAGGCCGCCCUGAAGAAAAGCCAGUACAACCUGGAGUUCGAGUUGCGCAUGCAGCAGUAUAUCGAAAUGCUUAGAACUGGGGAUAAAGAAAAGGUUGUUGAGGCGAUGAUGCAUGCGCAGAAGUAUCUCGCGUCCUAUGUUGAGACGCAGUCGGCUGAAGUCCAUCGGGCCGCGGGUCUUCUCGCUUUCCCCAGGGAUACCAACGCCGAGCCGUACAAGUCGAUGUAUUCUUCCGACCGCUGGGCUCACCUCUCUGAUCUAUUUAUCCGCACCCAUCAUGAACUCCUGUCUCUGCCUUCGCGACCCUUGUUACACAUUGCUCUAUCGGCGGGGCUUUCGGCUUUGAAGACACCGUCGUGCCACUCUGCCUACACUUCUUCAAGCUCCAAUUCUUUAUCCACUACGACGUCGGUGUGCCCCAUAUGUUCAACCGAGCUGAACGAACUUGCGCGAAAAAUGCCGUACGCUCACCACGCCAAGAGCUACGUGGAAAGUGAUCCAAUUGUUCUACCAAAUGGUAGGAUUUAUGGCCAGCAACGACUGCUGGAACUGAGCAAGAAGGUUGGAUGUGUUGAAGCAGGCAAGGUCAAAGACCCCACCACUGGGGAAGUUUUCGAGGAAAGGGAGAUGAAGAAGGUUUAUAUCAUGUAA